AUGUGGGCAUCACUUCCAGAAUGGGCGAUGUUUGUGGAAACCCCUAGCCAGACGACAUGGUUCCAGACUCUAAAACAGACUCCGGUCGAAAUGAUUCACAGACUCGACCCGCUAGAUGGCUGUCUUCGUGUCACCUCUAAAAGUUUCAUCGGCGUUGGCCCAAGCAGGGCUUCUAAUGGGGCGUACUACGACCCGUACAAAGUGAGCCGUCCAGGUCACGUGUUCAUUACGAUCUUACCCAGUUUUUACUAUACGUACGCCUGCCUCUCAUCCUCCCUGUUGUACGAACGUACAACAAAGUUCACCCGAACAAGCAUCAAAAUCGCUCAAUCGUACAGUACUACCUCGUUGGAAGCGUUGGUUGGCUUGUUCUCGCCGGUGUCUCUUUUCUCGCCCGUUGUGGCUGUUUCACUAACGCUUACAGUGUGUCCAACCGGCAUCUACUCAGUAUACUGUACUAUACAUGAGGCUGCUGUACUAACCGUUGCUGAGGGCCAGGGGGCUCGUGUUCGGAGAUUAAUGCGGAGAAUGCCGUUAUUGCCUGUUUUCAACUAUGCCAUCUACGUUAUUCUUUUGCCCAUUAUAAUGUCCCAAUUCCUAUCCCAAUCAACGACGCGUGAGCUGACUGAGCUUACAGAGUACAUUAAAACAUCUUUAGCUUCAGCGCAAUUACUUCAUAAUACUUCAAUAUACUUCAGUUACUGUAUCCUAACCCGUGAACCUCAGUUCAAAUUGACUUUCUGGGAAAGGGGCUACCAAAGUGAUCUCCUCCAUCAAUGUCAUCUCGGAGAUGCAACCUGGGCGACUCCUAUCAAAUUAGGCUGGCUACCUCAUUUAACCAAUGAUACGCUUCUUUCUUUAUUUGGAAUUCGUUUGGAAGAUGUUUGGGCGACUGUCUCACUGUUUGGAACGGGAACUUCCCCCUUGGAUGUUAUUCCCGGUUCAGGAUUCUUGACUAUCUCAGUUAGCUUCGUAGAAAACCCUGAAGAUACGCCUCUUAUGUCGUGGAGGAUGCUCUGGAAAAUCGGCCCAGAGCUGGAUUUUUGGGUGACCGUCUCGCUGCUUUCAACUGGUGGUUAUUUCCUGUCUUUCGAUGAUGGAGACAACUUAGGUCGUACCUGUUGUUUCUGGUUCAAGGCUGACUUGCUGGCCGAUAUCGAUGAUACCCCUACAGAGAUGGACUUCUCGGCACUCUUAGCCUGA